AUGGCCAAGCAAAUCUCGACACAAGAAAUCACGAAGCAUGCCCAAGAGAACGAUAUCUGGAUCGUGGUAAAUGGAAAAGUUUACGACGUGACCGAAUUUGCCCCGAAUCAUCCUGGCGGUGCUGCAAUCAUUUAUCAAUUUGCUGGUCGCGAUGCAUCUCAGAUAUACAACAGCACGCACUCGCCUUCUUUGAUCAAAGAUAUUGACGACAGUAUCAUCGGAGACCUAGAUACGACAACCAUCACCGAAGAAUGGCGUGCACAGAACGAAACGCCCAAGUCUUCAACAGGGACAACUCCCGAAUCUCAGGUCUAUCAGAAACCAACACUCGACGACAUCAUUAAUCUAGAUGAUUUCGAGUCCGUGGCUAAGAAUACUUUCAGUCCAAAAUCAUGGGCGUAUCAUAGCGGCGCGGCCAAUGACUGCUUCACACGAGACGAGAAUCGCGAUUUCUUUCGGCGCAUCUGGCUACGGCCGGCGAUCAUGCGAGAUGUCUCCAGGGUAAACACCCAGUCAACUCUCUUCGGGUGCAAGCUUGACAUUCCAGUCUUCGUUGCACCGGUUGGUGCAGCCAAGAUGAGCCACGAAGAAGGCGAAAUGCCUCUCGCGAGAGGAGCUGCCUCCUCGGGAAUCAUUCACUGCAUUUCGACAAUGUCUUCUUAUCCUCUUACGGAGAUUCUGGACCAAACCCCUUCGCAGGCUUUCUAUCAACUCUAUAUUAAUAGGGAUCGAUCCAAGACCGAAGCUCUGAUUCGUCUAGCUGAGAAAACGGGUAAAGUCAAAGCUCUAUUUGUGACCGCCGAUUUGCCGGUUAUGUCGAAGCGCGAGGCGGACGAGCGAAUUAAGCUUGACGAAGGUACACAGUGGAUUAAUGUAGCCAAGGACAACAAACCAACAGGGGAGAAGAAGAAGAGUGCAGGUCUGGCGAAAGCUAAUAGUUCCUUCAUCGAUUCGACUCUAAAUUGGGAUGAUCUGCGCUGGUUACGGAAUAUCUCGAAGCUACCUAUAGUACUCAAGGGCGUCCAGCGGGCUGAGGAUGCUCGUUUAGCAAUGAGAGCUGGGUUUGAUGGCAUUGUCAUUAGCAACCAUGGAGGGAGAGCCGCGGACACCACACCACCGACAAUCCUAGUUCUGCUGGAAAUCCACCGAUACUGCCCCGAAGUAUUCGGCAAAAUGAAGGUUCUUGUGGAUGGAGGGUUCCGUCGCGGUUCGGAUAUUGUCAAGGCAAUUUGCCUUGGCGCAUCUGCCGUGGGGCUGGGUAGACCGUUUGCAUUUGCUCUCAGCUAUGGACAGGAUGGUGUUGAGCAUGCUGUGAGCUUGAUCAAAGAGGAAAUCGAGACGGCUUCUCAGCUGGUGGGUAUGACAGAUUUGUUCCGCGAUGCGAACCCAUCUUACAUCAAUACGGCUGGGCUAGAUCAUCUAUUGCCUCCAAAUUAUGAUACUGCUUCCCGGGACUCACUGAGCCGGUUAAACAAGCUUUAG